GUUGGGGGAGGGGUUCAGGCCUGUCCUCCCCAGCGGCUGCGGCAGCACCAGCGCCGGCCGCCACCGCCUUUGGACCGCGGAGGAGGAGGAGGAGGAGCGGCUGGAGGAGGAGGAGAAGGAGGAGGAGGAGGAGGCGGCCGGGCCCUGGGGAGCGGCAUGUCCAUCGCUCCGGCGAGGUGGUGAAUGCUGAGGAGAGUCACGGUUGCUGCAGUCUGGGCCGCCGGGAGGAAGUGGUGGUGUCAGGCCGGGCGGGAGCUCGCGGUGCUGUGGAGUGGCGGAGCGCGAAGUCGGUGCGAAGCCUCGGCUGCUGGGGGACCGUUUCCUUCUCCAAUCAUGCCUGGAAGGAACAAGGCCAAGUCGACCUGCAGCUGCCCUGACCUGCAGCCCAAUGGACAGAAUUUGGACGAGAGCGGCCGGGUUGCCCGCCUCGGAGCCGAUGAAUCAGAGGAGGAGGGACGGAGGGGGUCUGUAAAUAAUGCCGGAGACCCGGAGAUCGUCAAGUCUCCCAGCGACCCCAAGCAAUACCGUUACAUCAAAUUAAGGAAUGGCUUACAGGCACUUUUGAUUUCGGACCUAAGUAAUACAGAAGGGAAAAUGGGAGAUACAACAGAUGAUGAAGAGGAAGAAGAAGAUGAUGAUGAUGAUGAUGAUGAUGACGACGAUGAUGAAGAUUCUGGAGCUGAAAUAGAAGAUGAUGAUGAAGAGGGUUUUGAUGAAGAAGAGGAAUUUGAUGAUGAUGAACAUGAUGAUGAUGAUAUUGAUACUGAGGAAAAUGAAUUGGAAGAAAUAGAAGAGAGGGUAGUAGAAGUUAGAAAGAAAACCACAGAAAAACAGUCUGCAGCGGCUCUGUGUGUUGGCGUUGGCAGUUUUGCUGAUCCAGAUGACCUGCCCGGACUGGCACACUUUCUGGAGCACAUGGUAUUCAUGGGUAGUUUGAAGUAUCCAGAUGAGAAUGGGUUUGAUGCCUUCCUGAAGAAACAUGGAGGUAGUGAUAAUGCUUCAACUGAUUGUGAACGUACAGUUUUUCAGUUUGAUGUCCAGCGAAAAUACUUCAAGGAAGCCCUGGACAGAUGGGCCCAGUUCUUCAUCCAUCCACUAAUGAUCAGAGAUGCAAUUGAUCGUGAAGUUGAAGCUGUUGAUAGUGAAUAUCAACUUGCAAGACCUUCCGAUGCAAACAGAAAGGAAAUGUUAUUUGGAAGCCUUGCUAGACCUGGACAUCCUAUGGGGAAAUUUUUUUGGGGAAAUGCUGAGACUCUCAAACAUGAGCCAAAAAAGAAUAAUAUUGAUACACAUGCCAGAUUGAGGGAUUUUUGGAUGCGUUACUAUUCUGCUCACUACAUGACUUUAGUGGUGCAGUCCAAAGAAACGCUGGAUACAUUGGAAAAGUGGGUGACCGAAAUCUUCUCUCAGAUACCAAACAAUGGGUUACCAAAACCAAACUUUGGCCAUUUAACGGAUCCAUUUGACACACCAGCAUUUAACAAACUUUAUAGAGUUGUUCCAAUCAGAAAAAUUCACGCUCUGACGAUCACAUGGGCCCUUCCCCCUCAACAGCAGCAUUACAGGGUGAAGCCGCUUCAUUAUAUCUCCUGGCUGGUUGGACACGAAGGCAAAGGCAGCAUUCUUUCUUACCUUAGGAAAAAGUGCUGGGCUCUUGCAUUAUUUGGUGGAAAUGGUGAGACAGGAUUUGAGCAGAAUUCUACCUACUCAGUAUUCAGCAUUUCUAUUACAUUGACUGAUGAGGGUUAUGAACACUUCUAUGAGGUUGCUCAUACUGUCUUCCAGUAUUUAAAAAUGCUGCAGAAGCUUGGCCCAGAAAAAAGAAUUUUUGAAGAGAUUCAGAAAAUUGAGGAUAAUGAAUUUCAUUACCAAGAACAGACAGAUCCAGUGGAGUAUGUGGAGAACAUGUGUGAAAACAUGCAGCUGUACCCACUGCAGGACUUUCUCACUGGAGAUCAGCUGCUGUUUGAAUACAAGCCAGAAGUUAUUGCUGAAGCCCUUAAUCAGCUAGUUCCUCACAAAGCAAAUCUUGUUUUACUCUCUGGUGCUAAUGAGGGAAAAUGUGACCUCAAGGAGAAAUGGUUUGGGACUCAGUACAGUAUGGAAGAUGUGGACACCUCUUGGACUGAACUGUGGAAGAGUGAUUUUGAAUUAAAUCCAGAUCUUCAUCUUCCAGCUGAAAACAAGUACAUAGCUACGGACUUCAUGUUGAAGGCCUUUGAUUGCCCUGAGACAGAAUAUCCUGUUAAAAUUGUAAAUACCCCUCAAGGUUGCCUGUGGUAUAAGAAAGACAACAAAUUUAAAAUCCCCAAAGCAUAUAUACGUUUCCAUCUGAUCUCACCUUUGAUACAGAAGUCUGCAGCAAACGUGGUCCUCUUUGAUAUCUUUGUCAACAUCCUUACUCAUAACCUUGCGGAGCCAGCAUAUGAAGCAGAUGUGGCACAGCUGGAGUAUAAGCUUGUAGCUGGAGAACAUGGCUUAAUUAUUCGAGUGAAAGGAUUCAAUCACAAACUACCUCUCUUGUUCCAGCUCAUUAUUGACUACUUAGCGGAAUUCGGCUCCACCCCCGCCGUCUUCACCAUGAUUACGGAGCAGCUGAAGAAGACCUACUUCAACAUUCUCAUCAAGCCCGAGACUCUGGCCAAAGAUGUGCGGCUUUUAAUUCUGGAGUAUGCCCGAUGGUCUAUGAUUGACAAGUACCGUGCCCUGAUGGACGGCCUUUCCCUGGAGUCUCUGCUGAGCUUCGUCAGGGAAUUCAAGUCCCAGCUCUUUGUUGAGGGCCUGGUGCAAGGAAAUGUCACGAGCACAGAGUCGACCGAUUUCCUGAAGUACGUUGUUGACAAACUGAACUUCACGCCUCUGGAGCAGGAGAUGCCUGUGCAAUUUCAGGUGGUUGAGCUGCCCAAUGGCCACCACCUCUGCAAAGUGAGAGCCCUGAACAAGGGGGACGCCAACUCGGAAGUCACCGUGUACUACCAGUCAGGUACCAGGAGCCUGAAGGAGUACACACUCAUGGAGUUGCUGGUGAUGCACAUGGAAGAGCCUUGCUUUGACUUCCUUCGCACUAAGCAGACCCUUGGGUACCAUGUCUACCCAACCUGCAGGAACACGUCCGGAAUUCUGGGAUUCUCUGUCACUGUGGGGACACAAGCAACCAAAUACAACUCUGAAGUGGUUGACAAGAAAAUAGAAGAAUUUCUUUCUAGCUUUGAGGAGAAGAUUGAGAACCUCACUGAGGAUGCAUUUAAUACCCAGGUCACAGCUCUGAUCAAGCUAAAGGAGUGUGAGGACACCCACCUGGGGGAGGAGGUGGAUAGAAACUGGAACGAAGUGGUGACACAGCAGUACCUCUUUGACCGCCUUGCCCACGAGAUUGAAGCACUGAAGUCAUUCUCAAAAUCAGACUUGGUCAACUGGUUCAAGGCUCACAGAGGCCCAGGAAGUAAAAUGCUCAGUGUCCAUGUUGUUGGAUUUGGGAAGUAUGAGACAGAAGAGGACAACGCCCCCUACAGUGAAGAUUCAAGCUCUUCUUGUGACGUGAUGCAGUUAACCUACCUGCCAACCUCUCCUCUGCUGGCAGAGUCUACCAUCCCCAUCACUGAUAUCAGGGCCUUUACAUCAACACUUAACCUUCUCCCCUACCAUAAAAUAGUCAAAUAAACUGCAGUCUUGUUGGCCUGGAGAACUGUGCACUUAAAAAUGUGUAUUUCAUGAAAUGUUGCUAUUACUUAGGGCUUCCACUGGAUAUUCUGUACCUGCAUCAGAGAACCUUUCCAAGCCAAAGGUAAACUGGGAUUGACAGGCUUGCAGAAGCAGUCUGAAAACACCUGUCCCUCUCAGAUUGAGUCCCCCCAUGUUACUGUCCUUCAGUUUACUGUUCCGGUGGGUGGACAGUCCUAAUGUGCACUAUGAGAAUUAAGACUGGAGUCGAUGAGAGUAAAGGGGAAAGGGUGAGAAAAGAAGAGAACUGUCAUUAUGGUCCAUUGUCCUUGUAAAAAGUCAACUCCUAUAUUCAAGGUUGCCAAAAUACUGGCACCAGUUUAACCAUAAAUACAAGAAACACAUUUUGAAAAAAGGUUGGAAAAAAUCACUUUAUGAAGCCUUAAGAAGCUAAUAACUGUAGUCCAGAGUUAGAUACAAUUUAAUAGGUCAAUUCCAAAAUAAAAAUUAUUGAAGUGAGA